AUGGACAGUAAAGAAGUCAUAACACUCGUCAAGAACUUGGAAAAGAGCAAGGCUAAUAAUGACAGUGUGCUAGAGAUAUUAACGGUUUUAGAUAAGAACCUAAAGCCUACAGAGAAACUUUUACGUGAAACAAAAGUCGGUGUGGUGGUAAACCAGUUCAAGAAGUCUAGCAAUGCACAAAUAGCAUCAUUGGUCAAGAAAAUGAUAGGAGGAUGGAGGGACGCAAUCUCAAAGGAAAAGAAGCAAAAAGCGCAGUCUAAAAGUGCUGCUGGUACCGCUUCUGCUGCCGCUGCUAAUCCCGCCAAUGGAGCGACAUCCGAGGCCAGAAAACAUGACAAAUACGUGUCAAGCAAACCCAGAAGUGCCAAGAAUGACGGUGUUAUCACAAGCAUAUACAAUCACAAGCUUCGGGAUAUGGUCAUCCGGGCAUUUUACGAUGCCUUGGCCAAAGAUAGUGAACAUCCUCCUCAAUCUGUGUUGACAACCGCUAUAGCGGUAGAAAAAGAGCUCAAUAAGCUCAAUAACUGCGAGACAAACGAAAAGGGCUACAAGGACAAAUACCGAGUCGUUUACUCAAACGUAAUUUCCAAGAACAACCCAGAUCUGAAGCACAAAAUUACGGCCGGAGACGUUACACCUGACCACUUGGUCUCUUGUGAUCCCAGGGAGUUAGCACCAGAGCACUUAAAGAAGAAGUUCGAAGAAAUUUCUAAGCAAAACUUGUUUAAUGCUCAAGGCGCAACUCUUGAAAGAUCUGUAACAGACCGGUUUACUUGCGGCAAAUGUAAAGAGAAGAAAGUGUCGUACUACCAAUUGCAAACGAGGUCUGCAGAUGAACCGCUAACUACAUUCUGUACCUGUGAAGUUUGUGGUAAUAGAUGGAAGUUCUCGUGA